UACUUUUCCAGAUAUUUAGUGUGGUAUUUGUACACAAAGGUUCAAGGGAGAAAGCCUUGGAUUGACUGCAUAACCAUGAUGCAUGGCAAGCAAAUGUAUGGUGUUCCACUUGGAGGCAUUGGCUCAGGGACUAUUGGCCGAGGAUUUCGAGGAGAAUUUUGUCGUUACCAGAUUGUCCCCGGAAUUUAUGAAUAUCACACUGUUAUGGCAAAUCAGUUUAUUGUUACUAUAAGAGACCCUAAAGGCAAUACUCUUUAUCAAAAAGUUUUAUCAACUCACAGUAAGCCAAAGAAAUAUUUAGGUGCUUGGGACUGGGGGUUUAGUGGUGCUGAUGGCCUCUACUGUGGGUUAUAUCCAAGAUCUUGGACUGUAUAUAAUAUUAAGGAACAAAGUAUUCGUCUCAUAUGUCGUCAGAUUUCACCUGUUAUUCCACACAAUUAUAAAGAUUCUUGUUUGCCUGUAGGAGUUUUUGUUUGGAAUAUUGAGAACCAUAACUCUGAACCCAGAGAUGUAUCGAUAACUUUCACAUUCAAAAAUGGAACAGGAGGAAGCUGUGAUAGAAAUGGUGAAUGUUGGAGUGAAAGUUUCGAAAGGCAUUCGGAGGAAAAUAAGGUUAAAGGUGUUGUUCUUCAUCAGACAUUAAGGAGUUUAAAUCUGCGAUAUUGUUUAGCCAUUAGAGAACAGCCGUCCGUAUCUGUGUCUUGCUGUCCGGGGUUUGAUCCUCUUAGUCCAGGUGAUUCUAUCUGGAAUGAUCUUAAAAGAGAUGGAGAACUGGAGCCACAAGAAGCAGUACUAACAAAAACAAAAAAAGGAGAAGAAAUGGCAAUUGCUGUUUGUGGAAAGUGCAGUGUAAGCAGUAAUAGUUCUGGGAUUUUGGAGAUGGCGUUGACAUGGGAUAUGCCUCAAAUUGUAUUUAAAAGCCGAGGAAUGACACAUACUAGGCGUUACACAAGAUGGUUUGGUGAUGAACAGGUAGCUGCUCAAGAAAUGGCUGCAUAUGCAUUACAGAGCUAUAAGCAGUGGGAAGAAGAUAUAGAAGCAUGGCAAAAUCCCAUUCUUCAAGACAAAGGUCUUCCUGAUUGGUUCAAAAGUGCAAUUUUCAAUGAACUCUACUUUAUAUCUGAUGGUGGUUCUGUGUGGUUAGAAAUGCCUCCUCUCAGUGCACCAUUGCCUUCUUAUGAUUCACGGACUGAGUUUGGUCGAUUUGCUUAUCUUGAAAGUCAUGAGUAUCGGAUGUAUAAUACUUAUGAUGUACACUUCUAUGCAUCAUGGGCCCUGGUAAUGUUGUGGCCUGAGUUACAAAAAUCCUUGCAGUAUGAUGUGGCACACUGGACUACUUCAGCAGACCUUACUCCCCGCACUCACCUCUUUAGAGGUAACAAAGGGGUGAGGAAAUUAGCAAAUGCAGUGCCACAUGAUAUUGGAGAUCCAGAGGAUGAGCCAUUUGUUCGAGUGAAUGCAUACCAAAUUCAUGACAUCAGUUUCUGGAAGGAUCUGAAUCUCAAGUUUGUGCUGCAGGUUUACAGAGAUUACAUGUUUUUUCAAGAUCACGACUACCUUGUUCAUAUGUGGCCAAUUUGCCGUGCAGUAAUGGAUCGGUGUUUCACGUACGAUAGAGAUGGUGACGGUCUGAUUGAAAAUGAUGGUCAAGCAGAUCAAACUUAUGACUCAUGGAUUAUGCAUGGACCAUCUGCAUAUUGCUGCUCAUUAUGGGUAGCUGCUUUGGCUGUGAUGGUAGAAAUAGCUGCAGAAUUAAAAGAUGAAGUGGAGGAGAAAAAAUUUGCUGAGGCUCUUGCAAAAGCUAAAGUAACCCUACAAGAUAAGCUCUGGAAUGGUAAAUAUUAUAGAUUUGAUAACUGUGGUGCUCCCCAUAGCCAUAGUAGUAUGGCAGACCAACUGGUGGGACAUUGGUACCUUUCACUGUCUGGAGCUGGUGUCGAGGUCUUCCGUCGAGAUUGUGUGAAAUCAGUAUUAGAACAUUUGUACGAGUUCAAUGUCCUUCGCUUCAACAAUGGAGAAAUGGGUGCUGUAAACGGAAUGAAUCCUGAUGGUAGCGUUGAUCGCUAUACUAUGCAAAGUGAAGAGAUGUGGGUGGGGGUUACUUAUGCAUUAGCAGCUACUAUGAUAUUUGAGGGGAUGGUGGAGGAGGGGUUCAAGACUGCUGAAGGUGUGUACCGUACAGUGUAUGAAAAGAUUGGUCAAGGUUAUGAAACCCCUGAAGCUUUGUAUGGGGAACACAAAUACAGAGCAAUUGGUUACAUGAGACCUCUUUCAAUUUGGUCAAUGUAUCAUGCAUUUCUACUGCAACGUGAGAGGCAAUCACAACAGAAGAUUGAGGAUGAUGAGAAGGAUCCAUCCCCUGCACCUUCAGUGAGAAGUAUGGAUAAUGCAAUGAUGUCAGACUCUGCAAGUGACAUAUCCAAAUGAAUGAUAAGCAGAAUUCUUAAGGGUUUGGAUGGUUGCAUCUUUAAUUCUUAAAAGACUUAUUACAUUUGUGAAAACUUAGUAAGUUUGUAGUCAUGGCAUCUGUGAUAUUUCUAUUACCUAUACAUCAUGCACAAAGUUAUUGAAAAGUUUUGAAACUGUUUUAAACUAUAUAUGAGUGAAUUUUUCUUUUAUACAACUUAUUAAGAUGACUUCUUAAGAUAGUUUUUCAUUUAUAUGGCUCAAUGUAUGAUUGUUUUCUGUAGAACAGAUGCUUUCUUUAUAUUUUGAUGGCAUACCGUACAUGCAAAGUGAGUUCCACAUGACAAGAUAUUGUUGCUCAACCUUUCUACUUGCACGAAGAUUACUUCCAAUUUUUAUAGUGCAUUAGUACUUACACUUUCCAUCCAUUGAUAAGAAUAUAGGUAGAUUAGGACACAAGUGCAGUUAGCAAAUUAAAAUAAAUAAAAGGAAGAUAUCUUGAAUAAUUUUUCCUAAAAAUAUAUCAGUGUCAUGUUCAACAUGUAGAGAUUCUACCAUCAUAUUCCUCAGGACUAUUUUCAUACAUCAGGCCAUUAGAGAUAUUUUUCCCUCUGUGAAGUAUGAUCUGAAUCUUUUGCAAAUAAAUAGAAGUGACUUAGGUUAGCCAGCUUUUUGUUACAAUCUUGAGAAUGUUAUGAAUACAGCUGUGGUGAUUACUUAUCCUUUCCAUAUGGCUGUGUUAUCUAAACAUUUUCAGUAUCAUGAUCUUAAAUAUAGUAUUAUUUAAAUGAUGUACUGCCUAUGCAUGACAAUCUAGAUAUAAUGUAUAAACAACAAAUUUUAAAAGUUAGAUGUUCUAAACAUUGUUGUAAUGUUGUAGAAACGUUCUUUAUUUAUGACUGGAAGUUUUUUUAACGAAAGGAGUGCAUGAAGAGGCAUGUCAGAUAUAAUUCUUUAAGGAAGGUCUCAAAGUGGGAGGUUAAACUUUAUGUACGUUGCACUCAUCGUUAUGCUAGUGAUGAUUACAUAUAGGUAUGGCUAAAACUUUUAAUUUUGAGAUAGAAGUCUUCCUAUCCACCUGGUACAUUGUAAGACUUAAUUUUGUCAUUAUUUGUUUCUUAAAAACUACUGUUGUCUGUAAAUUUUGCAAUGUUGUUAUUGGAAAGCACACUACUUAAAUCUUAGAGGACAUCCAAGCUAAUUAAGACUUAUUUACUUUUUGUACUUAUUUGGACUUCGGUUCACUAAUAUAGACAUGAUAACGUGUUUGCUUUUAUACUAUUCAUUGAUACAGAAACAUAGUGACUGGUUUAGUCUGAUACUUUUGGACUAAGUUUCAUCUUGAAAGCUUCCACAGUGCUUUAUAUUGUGUACUGGCAUAAGAGACUACUAGUAUUUCUAACCCUUGUAUGAGAAGUACAUUACCCAGUUUCUUGCCAAAGAAGUAAAAAAACACUGAUUUUUUUUAUUUGUGUUUGUCAUGAGUUCUUUAAUAAAAAAAAUCUUGUCAUUCUCUUUUUGUAGAUUUA